UUUUGUAAUGCAGUGGGUGUUGUGUACUUCAGGUUACAUUGCUGCUUGAAAUAGCUGCAUCUUGUACUUUUUUUCUCCUGUGUGUAAAUGGGAUACAAUUCUGCUACAAUGUCAAACCAUCUUUAUGUGCUAGUUAUCACUUUUACCGGAAGAGAAAGGGAAGACAGGCAUCUUCUGAAAAUCUCCUCCCUGGUUCCACUGUGACAAGUGACAGUUAAACUGAUAGACCUAAGCAUCAAAAUAGUAUUGGUACUUUAACUACAUUAUUUUCUUUAAAAAAAAUCACGUUGAAGAAAUUUCCAGUCCUUUUAAAUUUUGAUGUAGUGGUUUAAGUUUGACUUUUUUGGUUGUGUAGAACUUCCACUUUCUGAUGAUGCCAAAUAUUUAAUGUAGCAAGAAUCAGGGUGAGUGAAUCUUUUCAAACAAGAGGUUGAAUUUUGUUUGCCAAAAACAAGAAUUUUUCAUUAUACUAUUGCUACUUUGAAGCAGUAAAAUAACUUUAAUUGUGUGUUCAUUUUAUUUUCAGGAUUUUUCAAGUUGUAUCCAACUGAUAGGAUGAAAAAAUUUAAGAGAAGACUGUCCCUCACUCUUCGAGGAAGCCAGACUAUUGAUGAGUCACUGUCUGAGCUGGCCGAGCAGAUGACCAUUGAGGAAAGCAGUAGCAAGGACAAUGAGCCUAUCGUGAAGAAUGGCAGACCUCCAACGUCUCACAGUGUGCAUUCCUUCCUCCACCAGUACACAGGGUCGUUCAAGAAGCCCCCAUUGCGGAGACCACACAGCGUCAUUGGAGGAAGCCUGGGCUCCUUCAUGGCAAUGCCCAGAAAUGGAAGUAGAUUGGACAUUGUUCAUGAAAAUCUAAAAAUGGGAUCAGAUGGUGAGAGUGACCAAGCAUCGGGGACAUCGUCUGAUGAAGUGCAGUCACCUACUGGUGUUUGUCUCAGAAAUCGGAUACAUAGACGGAUCUCAAUGGAGGAUUUAAAUAAACGGUUAUCACUGCCUGCAGACAUCAGAAUACCUGAUGGCUAUCUUGAAAAGUUGCAGAUCAACAGUCCACCAUUUGAUCAGCCAAUGAGCCGACGGUCUCGUAGAGCCUCCCUAUCAGAAAUUGGGUUUGGGAAAAUGGAAACCUACAUCAAAUUGGAAAAGCUUGGAGAGGGUACAUAUGCAACAGUAUAUAAAGGAAGAAGUAAACUGACAGAAAAUUUGGUGGCAUUAAAAGAGAUCCGACUGGAGCAUGAAGAAGGUGCACCGUGCACAGCUAUAAGAGAAGUUUCACUAUUAAAGGAUUUAAAACAUGCAAAUAUAGUAACCUUACAUGAUAUUGUUCACACAGAUAAAUCUUUAACUCUGGUCUUUGAAUAUCUGGAUAAAGACCUAAAACAGUAUAUGGAUGACUGUGGAAACAUCAUGAGUAUGCACAAUGUGAAGCUGUUUCUGUACCAAAUAUUACGUGGUCUGGCUUAUUGCCACAGAAGGAAAGUGUUGCAUCGAGACUUGAAACCACAGAAUCUCCUCAUUAAUGAGAAAGGAGAGUUAAAGCUUGCGGAUUUUGGUUUAGCCAGAGCCAAGUCAGUUCCCACAAAGACCUACUCAAAUGAAGUUGUCACACUGUGGUACCGGCCCCCUGAUGUGCUUCUUGGUUCCUCGGAGUAUUCUACCCAGAUUGACAUGUGGGGUGUUGGUUGCAUUUUCUUUGAAAUGGCCUCUGGAAGACCUCUGUUUCCAGGAUCAACUGUGGAAGAUGAACUGCACUUAAUUUUCCGACUGUUAGGAACUCCGUCUCAGGAAACUUGGCCAGGUGUUUCUUCAAAUGAUGAGUUCAAGAAUUACAACUUUCCAAAAUAUAAACCACAGCCUCUAAUUAACCAUGCACCAAGGCUGGACUCUGAAGGUAUUGAGUUGAUAACAAAAUUUCUUCAGUAUGAAUCCAAGAAAAGGGUUUCAGCAGAAGAGGCCAUGAAACAUGUAUACUUCCGAAGUCUGGGACCAAGAAUACAUACUUUACCAGAAAGUGUGUCAAUAUUCAGUUUGAAAGAGAUUCAGUUGCAAAAGGACCUGGGCUUUCGCAAUUCUUCUUAUCCAGAGACAGGACAUGGGAAGAACAGAAGACAGAGCAUGCUCUUUUAAAUCUGAUAACAUGAUUUCAAGCCCAGCCCCCAGCCUUUCUUACCAAUCACGGACUCAAAUCUGAAGGCAAUUAUUUUUUUGGUGAACUUGGAAUCUCCAUUUGUCUACACUGUCCUCUUCACAGUGGAGUCUUUUUAUUUCAGACCUACAGAUUGUUUUUAUAUUUGUUGUCACAGUGUGACAAUGUUUUUGUACAGUCAGUUUUAAGGUCUUCUCUGCCAUUAGAGCCAGUAGGUUACAGCUGUUGAUGUAACUAGCUGCAAUUUUUGUGCAGGACUGAGAAACACAGUGCAUUAUUUAUUGCGGAAUCAUUGCUGCUAAAUAACUACUGUCUGUUUAACACAAUAAUUGGAUGCCUGAAGUUGCAGUGGCUUUAUUACUUGUGAAUGCAUCUGUUUCUCCUUACAAAUUGUUUUACUGCUGCGUUUUUUUGUUUGUUUUUAAAUUAAACUGCAGUGUUUCCUGGAAUGUAAAUUAGCUUUGCUUAACAGUAAAAUAAGUGAGCCAUCUUGAACACUCUUAAGUUCAUGCUAUAUACUUUCUCAGUGAAUAUUAAUUAAGUAGCUAAGAGAUUGAUUAAUACAUUGUGUUUAUGAAAACAUGUGAUGCAAAAGUUGAUUCAAGAAAGCAAAUAUUUGAUAUUUUGGAGACCUCACAUUAGACAUUGAGAAAUUAAAGCACCAAAAUUGCUCAUUUUUACCUAUUCGUCAUUUUAGAAAUGUCUGUUGCAUAUUACUGGAUAUUUGUAUACUAAUAUGCUUAAUCUAUUUUGCAUUGUCCUUUUAUUUAGUUAAAACUUAGCCAUAUAAGUCCAUUCAAGCAUAGAGGGUCUUGUUUUAUUUGUUUUAACUGCAUUGCUUUUUCAGUUAGAAGGAAUGUCAGCUCAUUGAGGAACAAUUUCUUUCAUAUGGGGGCUAUACUUCUGUAACAUUCACUUGGAAUCAGCUAAAAGCUGUAAUAUGUCUUUGAGCCAUGAUAAACUACAGUUGAAAGAAAUGAGUGCUUUAAAGCAUUGUAGGUAUUGUCUGUUUACCAGAGAUACUAAAUAUUAGUUUUAAUAGAACAUCAUAAACACCUUGGUGUUGGAAACAGUGUUUUAAAAGCAUUUGUGUUCACUUUUAAGGACUAUUGUUUAGUGCAUCUUAUAAACUAUAAAUCUUACUUGGUAUAUUUUGAAAUGGUCAUGUAUAUUUUUGGCUUAUAUAUCAUGAAAAUAGUCGUAACUUAAUUUUUUUCCUGACAUUCACUGUAAAACAUUCAGGGGUCCUACCAUUUCUGUUCAGGAAAUCUUGUAGUUUAUUGUUGUUAUUUAACAGUAUUAAAUGAAUUUUUGUAUAUUUCAUUUUAACUUUAUUUGUGCAUAGUGAUUGUGGCAUGUUUGGGGGUGUUAUUUUAAUAUUUCAUGAUACUGAAGUUUUAAUUUUAAAAAAAAAGUUCUGGAAGAAACAGAUACAUGUUAUAAUGGAGAAUAUUGGACCACUACUGCUUUUCACAUUUGUAAGUUGGUUUUAUGUUAAACCCUGUAGCCUAACAAACUGCUGUUAUUUCUAACUGACAGACGUGUAUUAAUAUUGUACUACGAAGUUAUAAACCUAAUGUGGAAGUUCCUUCAUUUUGUUUUGAAAUUUAUAAUAACAAAAUCAUGUUGUUAAAAUGUGGUUUUGUUGAGUCACAGUUCUUUCUUAGGGAAGAAAGCUUUGAAUAAUGGAAUUGUUUUUUUGUUUGUUUUAAUGGGUAAUUCUUAAAACAGUGAAGUUUCGCUGUGGUGAAAGUGAUGGAUGUUUGUGUUUGUGCCCACCAUUUGUUUAGUAGCCUCUGCUUUGAUUUUACAGAAUAGCACUCAGCUAUAAAGUACCAAACUUAGGAUUUCAUUUUCCAAAACUAUUUGUUGCAAACUUGGCAUAUGGUUAUCUUGAGUUUGAUUCUUGCAUAUAAAAUAUGAAGAAACCUAUCCAGUUCUUCGGUAAAAUUCUUUCUUAGGAGGUCCUGGGGUAUUCUGUUAAGAAAUAUGGCAGGCAAACAAAUGUAUUUUGUUUAGUUUGAUACAUGAGCACCAUUCAGAUCCUGGAAACUAUUCAGUGAAGAAAGUUGAAAUUCAGAAAUUUUGAACCUUUGAGUACUUAGGAUUCCUCAUAAGCCAGCCAGGUUAAGGUAAGAGAAGAUAUUUCUUUUGUUUUGAACGUGACAUUCCAGGUGUUUGUAGAGCGGCUACCUUCUGUUGGGUCCUUUAUCAUCUGAGGGUCAAAAGAUUGUUAACAUGUUACGGUUAUCUUUUAGACUCAGGAAAACUCAUGUGGGUUUUUUCCUUUACUUUUUUUUUAAAUUGUGUUUAUAUAUGCAAUAAAAAAUGUCACCUGUUUGAAAUUGUGGAAUUCAGUUAGUUAUAUUAUCAAAAUUGCAUGGUGAUUACCACUAUUCCAGAAUUCUGUUUCGCUUCAAACUCAUUAAGAAAUAAAUCCCCAAUUACCUUUCUUUGCUGAUCCCUGGUAAUCUCUUACCUAUUUCCCUACUGUAUGGAAUCUGUUUUUGAUAGUUCAUGCAAAUGGAAUCAUAUCAUAUUUGUCUUUCAAUGCUUUGGUUUAUCCAUAUUUUGCAUAUGUUUGAACUUCAUUUCUUUUCAUGGCUAAGUGGUAGAUUAUAAAUAUAUGCAUUUUGUUUAUCCAUGCAUUGGUUGAUGGACACUGGGUUUUUCCUCCUUUAGCUACUGCAAGUAAUACUUACAUGAACAUUGGUGUGCAAAACUGUUGAGUUCCACUUUUAAUUCUUUUAGGUAUAAGGAAUGGAAUUGCAAAGUCAUGUGAUAAUUUUAACUUUUUGAGGGCACAGUCAAACCAUUUCCCACAGCAGCUAUUUUAAAUUUCCUUGAGCGUUCAGAUUUCACCCUCACCAGCACUGCUUACUUGUCCUUUCCUAUUACUGUGUUUUUUCGAACAGAAGUUAAGUUGUAUCUCUUUGUAGUUUUGAUUUACAUUCACCUAAUGGUCAGUAAUGCUGAGCAAAUUUUCAUGUGUUCUAUGUGCUUUCCCAGGCACAUCGGCAGGGAAGUUUAUUGGAAGUGGAACAACCAGAACUCAAACCAGUGCUUAUUGUGGGAUGCAGGUAUUGUGGGUUGCAGCUUCAUCCAUUGCACCACAGUGUCAGUUCCUGCUUUGCACCUCCUAAAAGUUUCAUAGUUUUAGCUUUGUUGACUUAGGGGGUUUAAUAAGUUUGAUUUAAUUUUUUUUACAUGUGAUUAAUUUUCUAGUACCAUUUGCUGUAAAAAUUUUACCUUUUCCCCAUAGAAUUAUCUUGGCACCCUUGUCAAAAAUCUGUUGAUCAUAAAAUAUGAGGAUUUAUUUCUAUAUUCUCAGUUCUGAUCCAUCAGUCUAUGCCUCUAUAUAUCUAUCCAUAAGGAUAAACCAGCAUUUUGAAUGCUGUAGUAGCUUGCUUAAUUGU